AUGUCAGAUAGUAUCAGGACGGGAAACCUUCGACACAAGGCUAGCAUAAGUAACAGCAGUAUACGCUCUACACCAAGUGUACCCGAGAUUUGGAAUCCUACACUCGCGCCUGAGAAGGAUGCAGCCAUGUCUCAGCGCUACGCAAUUUCCCUGUCAGUAUUAUCAAAUUCUGUGCCAAACACAUCAUCUGCAUAUUCACGCCCCGUUGAUAAUCCACGCUCAUUCCAACCUCCUACAUCAGCCAGCAGGCCUGGCAUCAUUAGGAACACAUCUAUCGACGAAGGACGCCGCAUACCGCAGCAGAACUCGCGAUCACAGAAUAAAAACGAUAUUCCACGCAGCUGGCUUUCUUCCUACGUUCCAGGACGCUUACAACCUAAAGAUAUCCGCCCUGUUUAUGCUCGACAGCAGGGCCCAACUCAUACCUAUAGGGAGGAACCAGAAUCGGAGGAUGAAUUGAAAGAGGUGGCCAGGCGUAAGAGGAGGAUAAAAGGCGCCAAGAGGAAAGGUGUGCACACGAAGCCAGAUGUAAAGAACAGGAGUGAUGUGUGCGUGGAGGUCAUAGAGACUGAAAGGAUGACCUAA